GAGAGCGGGCGACUGUGAGUCAGUAAACCUUAGUGACAGCUCGAGACAAUGCCCUCACGUUCCCAGGUUCUGGGAGGGUGUCAGGUUUUGUGGUGUUAGCUGUAAGAGGGGAAGGGCGUGGGACGUUUCUGACCUGACACUAUGGAGGAAGGAAGAGGCGCCAACUUCGACGGUGUGAGCACCGACCGCCUUGAAAAGGAGUUACUGGAAGAAAUCCAUCAGAAGGAUAUAGUGCAACUAUCAAUGCUUGAAAUAAUACACAAGAUAGAGGAACUGGAAGCCAAACUCAAUACUGAUGACAAAGGUGGUGAAUGGAAAGUUCGUUAUGAGACACAACUUGAACUGAAUGAUCAAUUAGAAAAGCAAAUUGUUUCUCUAGAAGAGAAAAUGAAAAAAAUUUGUGGAAAUCCUUCAGAUAGAUUGUCUUUUAUCCGUGUCUAUGAAAAAAUGCCAGUGGAAUCCUUAAAUAUAUUACUUAAACAGCUAGAAAAAGAGAAAAGGAGGCUUAAAAAUCAAGUGAAAGACUAUGCACUGAGACUGGAACAAGAAUCAAAGGCUUACCACAAGACCAACAAUGAGUGCCAUACCUAUCUAGCUGAAAUGUCUCAGGUCUCUGACUCAUACCAUGUUUCUAAAAGGCAACAGAUGGAUCAACUGCCUAGAAUGAAAGAGAAUUCAGUGAAAAUGGUAAGAUAUAAUCCAGUUAAUCAGAAGACAAUGAAUGCCAAGAGAGGACCAGGAAAAAAGAUUACAAGAUCAAACCAUCUCCCAAAACUCGAUCCAUAAUUCUAGAACUGGAAUUCUAUUUCUUCCUUUUUCUCAUCCAUAAUAUUCAACUUAUGAAGUUAAUGUGCAACACAUUUUUCAGGGAAUGAAAUAGACAAGAAAGAGCUAUCAAACUUCUCCUUAGCCCCUCUUACAAAAGUUUUUUUCCUUUGUCUGUAUUAAAGUAAUUUUCUGAAGUGAUCUAAUAUAAGUGAUCUAAAAUACCUAA